CAGUAGCCCGCGCCGGAACUGCGGGUUGAGCGGGAGGCGCAAGUGUCGCGCGCCUCGGCGGCGUCUUCCCCGCACCGGGGGUCGAACCCGGGUCGACCCGGGGGGGAGGUUCGGACCGGGGAUUGUGUGAUCUCCCGCUGCCCGUCCCCAGGUCGGCGGGAAGGAUGACCACGCUGACGCGGCAGGACCUCAACUUCGGCCAGGUGGUGGCCGACGUGCUGUGCGAGUUCCUGGAGGUGGCGGUGCACCUGAUCCUCUACGUGCGGGAGGUCUACCCGGUGGGCAUCUUCCAGAAGCGCAAGAAGUACAACGUGCCGGUCCAGAUGUCCUGUCAUCCAGAGCUGAACCAAUACAUCCAAGACACGCUGCAUUGCGUCAAGCCACUGCUGGAGAAGAAUGAUGUGGAGAAGGUGGUGGUGGUGAUUUUGGACAAAGAGCAUCGCCCAGUGGAGAAAUUCGUCUUUGAGAUCACCCAGCCUCCCUUGCUGUCCAUCAAUUCCGACUCGCUGCUGUCACACGUGGAACAGCUGCUCCGAGCAUUUAUCCUGAAGAUCAGCGUUUGCGAUGCAGUUCUGGACCAUAAUCCCCCAGGGUGCACAUUUACAGUCUUGGUGCACACGCGGGAAGCUGCCACCCGGAACAUGGAGAAGAUCCAGGUCAUCAAAGACUUCCCCUGGAUCCUGGCUGACGAGCAGGAUGUCCACAUGCAUGACCCCCGGCUAAUCCCCCUGAAAACCAUGACUUCAGACAUUUUAAAGAUGCAGCUCUAUGUGGAAGAACGAGCUCAAAAAAGCAGCUGAGGGUGCCUGUUCCCCACUGUUGCCUCGUCUGUCCCCUCUGAGGGCCUCUGCCAGGGCGGAGCCACGGGACCCCCGAUUCCAAGUGCUCUUACUGCCUUUGUGUCUGGACUGUACUGCCCAGCCGCCACAACGCACCACUCAGGGCCCGGGGCCCGCACCAAGGCCUUUUCCCAGGAGGGCCCUGUGGGGUGCUGGGACCCCGAUUUCUCAGCCUUCCUGAGUUUGCCGGCCAACACUGUUUGUCUCCCAAUACUGCGCUAUGAAUUGUUUUAAUAAAGGAGCUCUAUGGACUGA